UCGUUUUACAUAUGGAUGUGCUGGACAGCUUUCAGUUGGUUCCAGCGUCGGGCGCUGAUGGAUUCAGUGGUACAACUCCUCUUGAUUACGAUGACAAUGUCGCGUUUGUUUUGAAGAGACAAAUGUGAAGCAGCGGAGACACUUUUGCGCUCGGAGAGGACAGUCUCUGACGGGGAACAGAACCUCAAGUCUAACUGGUGUGGAUCUCUUUCGGGAAAGUUCUUUUUUAAAAUACAGCGACAAAGAAGACUUGACACUGGGGAAAGACUGGCCAACCUGAAGUGAAGGGUCACUGAGCUCAGACACUCUCCUUCCACUGACUGUCAGUAGGGGAAAAUCAGACACACAGACACAUCUUUCCAGAGACAAAUACACUCAGCUGCACCCAGUUCUUGCUCUCGGUCUCUUGGGCACGCACACAAAGUCUCAACUUUGCAUAAGUGCAGGCACACCUUGAAACACAGGCCCUUUUAGCAGGAUGAGGGAACCUUGGAGAUGCCUGCUGGGCCUGUACCUCUUGGUAUGCUCAGCCUCCACUCACAGUGCCACCAAUCCCUUUGCGGGGCAGCAAACCCCUCUAGACCCUUGCUAUGAUGAUACCGGUGCAGCCCGACGCUGUAUCCCUGAAUUCAUCAAUGCUGCUUUUGGCAAAGAGGUGUUGGUGUCCAGUGUCUGCGGCCGGCCGCCAUCCCGCUCCUGCAGUGUGGUGGAGCGUAGUGAUGAGCGACCUUCUGUUCGCGCAUGCCAAAUCUGUGAUGCAGCAGACCCCCGCCGGGCCCAUCCUGCUUCCUACCUCACUGACCACAACUCAGCCCACAACCUUACCUGCUGGCAGUCAGAGAAUCUGAAUACCUCUCCACACAACGUGACUCUCACCCUCUCACUGGGUAAAAAGUUUGAGAUCACUUAUGUCAGCCUGCAAUUCUGCUCACCACGACCUGACUCCCUGGCUAUUUACAAAAGCAUGGACUAUGGCAAAACCUGGAUGCCCUACCAGUUUUACUCCUCACAGUGCCGACGUAUGUACAACAGGCCCAACAAAGCAACCAUUACCAAACAGAAUGAGCAGGAAGCUCUUUGCACAGAUGGCCACACUGACCUCCACCCACUUUCUGGAGGGCUCAUUGCUUUCAGCACUCUGGAUGGACGACCCUCUGGUAAAGACUUUGACAACAGCCCAGUCCUUCAGGACUGGGUGACUGUUACAGAUAUACGUGUGGUCUUCAGCCGGCCCCAGCUGCCUCGGGAGCUUGUAAUGGGGACUGGAAGCAGCAGUGGGGGAAGGGACGAUGACCCCAUGGCAGUAACAUCAACACUACCAACAUAUUUCUAUGCAGUGGGAGACUUCCAGGUGGGCGGGAGGUGUAAAUGCAAUGGCCAUGCCUCACGUUGUCUGAAAGACAAGGAAGGCAAACUGGUGUGUGACUGCAAACACAACACAGAAGGGCCUGAAUGCGACCGCUGCAAGCCCUUUCACUAUGACCGACCGUGGCAGAGGGCCAAUGCUCGUGAGGCCAACGAAUGUCUGCCAUGCAAUUGCAACCUCCACGCCCGCCGCUGUCGAUUCAACAUGGAGUUGUACAAGCUGUCUGGGAGGAAAAGCGGAGGGGUCUGCAUGAAUUGCCGUCACAAUACAGCCGGACGCCACUGCCACUACUGCAAGGAGGGCUUCUACAGAGACAUGGCCAGACCCAUCACUCACAGACGUGCCUGCAAAGCCUGUGACUGCCACCCUGUGGGCGCAGCAGGCAAGACGUGCAACCAGACCACGGGCCAGUGUCCCUGUAAGGACGGUGUCACUGGCAUCACCUGCAACCGUUGCGCUAAGGGCUACCAGCAGAGCCGCUCACCCGUGGCGCCCUGCAUCAAAAUCCCUGUGGUCAGCCCCACAGCUGUAGUCAGCAGCACAGAGGAACCAGCGGAUUGCGAGACCUAUUGUAAACCAGUGAAAGGCAACUUAAAGAUCAAUAUGAAGAAAUAUUGCAAAAAGGAUUAUGCGGUCCAAGUGAAUGUGCUGGACAUGGAGACAGUGGGGGACUGGGCCAAGUUCUCGGUCAGUGUGGUAUCUGUGUACAAAAGCCGAGGCGAACCUCUGAAGCGAGGCGACAACAUCCUGUGGGUGCACAUGAAGGACCUGGCCUGCAAAUGUCCAAAGAUCCAAAUGAGCAAACGAUUUUUGGUGAUGGGGGGCAGCGAAGGAGGGACAGGCCCAGGGGCAGGUCCAGGAGUCGGGCCCGGAGGUGGAGCCACCAGUCCUGGGGCAGAGCGCUUGGGUUUGGUAGCUGAUAAGAACAGCCUGGUGAUCCAGUGGAGGGACGUUUGGACAAGACGUCUGAGGAAGUUCCAGCGCAAAGAGAAGAAGGGAAAAUGCAGCAAAGCAUGAUUGGAAAUUCAGCGCCCACCCCUACCUCUCCCCUUCAUCACACACCUUCAUGAACCCUGACUGUUUUCAACCCCCUCAAUCCUUUCUUUCAUGGGAACACUGCACAUCACAAAGACUGCAUGUACCCUACCUGUUUUAAGGACCACGUUUUGUGCAUAUUGUAUAAUUAUUUUUCUUUUGACUUUUCAAGCUUUGUCUUUGAAAUGCCACUUGUCUUUUUGUCCAAUUGGUUUGCCUUAAAAAGGGACCAUAAAAAAGGGUUUGAAUUGUAGACAAAAGCAGACACCAUUAUCUCAAUUACGACGACAGCAUAGAUGUCCACUUGUCUCCCAUCUACAACCCCCUGACCUCCAGCCUCCAUCUGUUAAGCCUCACUGUUUCCUACCUUUUUAAGUACUCUCAUCUACAAUAAGACGGACCACCAAUGCUCACAUCCUACAUUUUGUAAGGAUUUUAUUCCACAGCAUUGCCACUGCUUCAGAGACUGAUGUCAACAAGACAAGCUGCAUACUGUCAGCUUGGCCACCUCAUGUUUCAUUAUUGAAACAAGCUCAGUGUUGAGCAGGACAAGCUGGACCACCUGACAACCCUGGCAUACGUUGCUCCAGGUCUUUGUUUUAACUUUUUUGGGCUGCAUCUAAAAGACUCGUGUCCCAUGAGGAACCAAGGGCUCCCUUUUGCUGGGACACUUUCCACAGCAAACCUCAGUCACACCACCACUGCUGCUGCCAUCAGACAGCCCAUCAUGUAGGCUCUUUUAUCUGCAAGUAUGUGAAAUUAUUGCAUUUAGUAGCAUUUGUAUUUUUCAUACGGCCACUUAUCUCAUCUAUACAAAUCCCAGACGUAUCCUGACUUGAGCCUCAUCUGUUUGUUUCAUUUUAAGCAGAACAAAUCCUAUUGGCAUGCGUGAGUCACAUUUAAGCGUGCAAGGCUGUGCCUCUUCACCACUAGUCCGUUUUCAUGAGCGGUUUAUAAAAUCUUACAUCCCCAUCAUGACUCACUGCUUGUCACUUUUUGUGGAAGAAAGAUUAUGUGGCAUGGACAAAUGGCUGGAAUUUGAGAACAAUACCAUUUCCAAUAAGACUUUUUGCCUAAUGGAUACUGUCUUCCACUGGGUACCGUCUUCCAGAUGGUCUUAAAUGUCUGAUGUGUGUAAAGACUGGCAGGCUUUUUGUUUGCCAAAAAGAGAGAUUUGAAACAAGAGUUCCUUGUCAUGCAGUAAAAAGAGAAAAAAAGUCAGAUAAACAUCAUAGUUGUGUCUUUGCUCUGGUAUAUUUUGAUAAAAUGAAUAAGGCUGGAAAGUUUUUAGUGCUCACUGAUUGUAUCAUGACAUGAGAGGAUCAUGUUUCAUCUCUCAUGCACUUUGUUAUGUUUGCAUAUUUGUGGUUCUUUUUUUUUCUGAUCCAUCAAAACUUAACAGUUAGCAGAGAGUGAACUAAACCAAUAUGAGCGUUAAGAUCCAAAGGAAAACUUUAAGUGUUAUCUUCCACCACUUGCCCACCCUACCACAUAGGCCUGUCAUCCUUUGCCAAAUAAGCAUAGUCUGUUUUUAAAUUUAAUUUAAGAGACUAUGAAAGUCAGGACUGGUUGAAACCACAGAGAGGACCCAUCUGGCUGUUCUCAAACUUUUUAUCUGUCUUUGGUUGUUUAUCCAUUUUUUAAAACAACAUUGCAAUGUUUUAAAUGAAAAUAAGAUAAAAGAAUCUCAAGGUAUUUCAUGCUAGCAAGUGGUGACACUCAUUUGGUUGUGGCCAUUUGUUUGGUUUGUGUCUCUGCUCUAGUCGAUGAGUCAGCCACCAUUCUUCUCAAGCUCUUGGUUUAACCCAUUUUGCAUGUUGUGAAAAUCCUGUCUUAUAUAAAUGAUGCACUGUAGCUUAUUUUCACUUCUUCUGAGAAUGUAAGUCAAACUGCGAAGAUCCCUGUCUGAAUAUUGUUUUUCAAAACUGAGAAAGUGGAUGGCACAAUUGUUGAUGCUCUUUAUAAACCGAACACAAUUAGUUGUGUUUAAUUGAUUGUGGCUCUUCUUCUGUCUGUCUUAUUUUUAUUACCCAAUCCAAAAACGACUCACAACCAAAAUGAGUUAUCACCAUUACUUCUGGUGUGUGACAGAAAAAAAAAAAUACAAAUGCAAAAAAGAACAAAACAAGCAUUGAAGUUCAGGACAGCACUGUUCCCAGGGCAUGGCUCCCACUGAUGGAAUUUCACAAAAAUGCAGAACUAAACAUUGGUGUGUUGGCUGUGUGCAGCAACUUGUCAGACAGCUGGUGUUACAGUAGUGCCAGUCUACAGAUCCUAGUAGCUUAUAUGAGUUUGGUUUGAAACUGUCAACCUGAUUCCUGCCUGGUGCAACACACUCGUUGAGGGGCUACAGCAUCCUUAAAACUUUUUUUCCAAGUAGAAUUAACAAUAUUCUUUCUACUGGCCUUCAGUUUUCCAUUUCUUCAGUGCCCACCCUGAAUGUUGGGAAGCUGGAAUCAUCCAGAUUUAGUUUUCUCUUGUUAAAGCUAUUUAGUGAGCCUCAUAGGGAGAGCCAUCCUGUUGUUUUACAUUAACAAGCCUGGCAGCUUGGCAGUGGAACUGAGGCUGUGUAACCGCUUUACUUUGCCCCCUCCCCCCCCCCCCCAAUUUAUAGCAUUCACAGGUGUAUGCGUGUGACUUUAUGUGUGUUUAAUUAACCUGCCUGAGCAAACAAGUGCUAUGCACAUGAACUGAACAUACAGAGAGGUGAGAACUCUAAUCAGAAGGGUAGACUUUUAAGUUUUACAAGACUUUAAUGUUUGUGUAAAGAAGUCUUGAUAUUUGACAAGGAAGGAAUAUCAUACACGUGUUUCCUUUUUUUCCCCAGAUUUGACUUGUUUAAUGCAUUUUUCAUGUUGUAAAUAUGUACUGAACUGCCUCUGCUAUCUAUGUUGUCUUUUGUAAAGCGUCACUCGGUCCGGGAUGACUCACAACGUAUGGAUGUACAAACCAGAUGAUUAUGGAUGUUUUAUGGAUGUAGAAACCAGGAACAUAUGCUUUUGUGAUUACAACCAGAAGAUGUGGUACAAAUAUUACACAGAAUGUAUUCCUUUUUGUUUUACAUUGUUUCCAGGCAACAACUGAACUAUCAUCAAUGACUUUCAGGUGAAUCGGAAUAAUGCGACUGAUUGGACCCUUUGCUCUCCUCAAAAAGGUACAGAUGAAAGUUGACACAAGAGCCUGCAAUGUUCUGUUUUGUUAAUGUCGUUGGGAUAACCACCCACCUUUCUUUGGGGAGUUAAAAGGGAUUCUUCCAUCAGUCCAGUCCUGCUUUUCACAUCUACUAUGUCAAAGCCUUCCCUGUACAUUUUCCUCUGAGGCAAUGAACCACUGACUUUUUCAUCUAAAUGGUAAAAAAAUAAAUUAUUAGUUAAUGAA